CAACAACCGGUCGCCAAGCCCGAGCCCUGGUUCCAACUGGAGGAGACUGUUGGUAUAGUCCCAUAGGUGGGUAUACAUAUGGAGCACCCUGUGGUCGAGUUCAAGACACGCAGUCCAGUGCCUGUGCAGAUCACAGUACUAAGGGCCAGAAAUUUGAAAGGGAGCAAAGGCGAGAGCCCAGUUACUUAUGUCCGUGUGGAGUAUAAUAACUUGCAACUUGGAGACUCCGGAAAAUUGCAGAUGUCAGAAAAUGAAAUAGAGUACAACUUCACAACCAGCUUUGACUGCACACUUGAUGGGAUUCAAGGAUUAGACAACCUGGUACACAAACCUGUAAUUUUGACAGUAAUUGAGGUUUUACCAAAAGAGAAGAAAAAAAAAGAUGAGAAGAUUAUUAUCCUCGGCCAAGCCACAGUGGACCUUUUGCCCCUGGCUCAAGGAGAAUGUGCAUUCACAAAGACCAUGACACUCCAUCCUUUAGCAGGAACUGGUUUGGAGCAAAAUGCAUCAGAGGAAACAAAGUCCCAGGUGGAUAUUGCUGUGUCCGUCCUAGAACCAUUGCUUUCUGAAGCCCAGUUAGAACAGUCAAAUCUUCUGAGAAUCACAACAGAGUCUGCCUACUCAGUACCUGAUAUCUGGGCCCUCACUGGGCCACAGUUUAACUAUAUGGUUUCUCUGUUUCUGCCAACUGCUACUUCGAAGGAAUUUCGUGUGUUAUUUACUAAUGGGAUUCUGAAAGGGGAAAAGGAGCCCAGUAUCAGACCGAAGAGAUGGCCAGUAAGCAACAUCACUGCAAUUGGAGCCCAAAAUAUCCCAGAUUCUUUCAUAGAGAUUAGUCCUUUUGAGGAUGAGGAUGGGGAAUUAAAUCGCAAAGAGGAUUUGGCAUUUAGAACAGAGGCAGAAAGUGACAAGAAGCAUGUCACAUGGAACAUAGAGAGACGCUGUUUUAUGGAGCCUGAGGCUUUGAUAAGACUGCAGAAGUACAUAGCUGAAUCCAUGUACAUCCCUGUGGAGAUCAAGCGUAUACCAUUAGCCCCUCCAACUAAGGCAGGAGGAAAAACCAGCAAAAUUGAAAAGACAGAAGAAGAAGGACCUGUCUCAUUCCAUGGUGUAGCAUAUGUUAAUAUGGCUCCUUUAUUGUAUCCAGGAGUGAAGCGGAUUCGAGGAGCAUAUCCAAUCUUCCCUUUCAAUGAAUUUGAUAUAAUUGAAAAGACAAAACGCAAGAACCGGGAAGCUUCUGGUGUUCCAGGUGGAUUGAAGGGUGCAGCUUCACAUCCCAAAAAUCCCUUUAAUAAGAUUAAAGAUGAUAAAACACCGAAGGAAAUACAUAAGAAGAACUCAGUCAAUUUGAAGUCAAUAAUGCUGGAUCAUAUGUUGGAGUCAGAAGUGCCAAAUGUAGCUAAUGUGGAAGGAGAGCAAUAUGCAGAAGCUAGGUCAUACAUUGUUCUGGAGUUUACUUUGUCAAAACCUUUGGUGCAGAAGCGACUCCGUGAGGAACUUGUUCAAAGGGUUGCGGAGAUAAUUCCCCCUCGGCCAUUAUUCCCGCGUAGAACAGGUGGAGCAGAUAAGGCUGUAGCUGACUACCACACUCAGAUAAUCAGUGUGGCCAAAAUCAUCAUGGAUGAAUAUCAGGAAAUGUUUGGACAAAAACUAACUGAAGGAAAACUCUCACAAGAAUACCAGGACCAGGAGGAGCGCAAACAUAAACUAAUAUUUGAGUUGAACACUUCAGGAAAAUACUUCGCCUUUAAAGAACAGCUUAAGCAUGCAGUUGUGAAAAUUGUGCGUGAGAAGUACUUGCAGACUGUGGCCUUUGAGAAUAGAGAACAGCUUCAGACAUUCCUGAACGAGUUGUAUAUUUACUUGGUGGAUCAGAUGCACUGUUGCCUGAACAAGAUGUUGCAAGUGGAUCCCCCAGAUCCUAUUCCAGAAUCAUUCCUUGGUUCUGCACAGUUAAAACACUUUGCUAAAGAAGCUGAAAUGAACAAGGACUUUGAACUAGCAAGUAAAUACCAUCAAGAGAGAUUAGCACGCGACAGGAAUAAUGCUGAUCACUGGUUUGACUAUGGUACUUUCUACCUCAUGUUAAAGGACCACAGCAAAGCAGAGGAGUGCUUCCGUGAGGCUGUUGCUGUAAACCAGGAGCAUAUAUCCAGCCUUAUUCUGUGUGGUAUUCUAGCAUGUAUGAAUGAGCAUUUUGAAGACGCUGACAGCUUUUUUGAGAGUGCCAGGUGCUUUGAACCAAAUAGUGUGUUAGCUUGGACAAUCCAGGGGCUGUUCUAUGAAAGUCAGGAUCGUACAAUUCUCUCUGAAAUGGCCUUUGCUGAGGCAAAAAAGCUUCAAACAGCAGCUGACACAGUGAAGAAGUCAUUGGAUGAUGUGAUCAUUGACAAGUCAAAGGAAACAGAGGUUCCUGAACCUGAACCUGACGGUGAUAAAAAAGAUCAACAAGCUGCAACAGAUGAAAUUGAACCUGCAGUCCAGGAGACCCCGAGUACAAUGUCUGCUGCAACCCCUAUUGGAACAUCUGCUGAUAUAGUUCCAAAAGUUGCAUCUUCAAUCAUCAAUAAAAAGAGGAGAUCUUCUCUUAAGGAACUGCCAAAGCUCAUUGAUGUUAAUGAGAGUGCAACAGUAGUCCAGCCGGAUGAGCCAGUGCCUGCUCCUCCUGUUCCUGAACCCCCACCAAGAGAGACCAUUCCUGUAUGUUCAAGAAGUAUCUACAUGGAAGCAGCAAAGUUUCUUUUGGAUGUUUAUGCUUUGCAGUUUGCAACAAGAGCCUUGGCACAUGAGAUGCUUUUAGGUGAAAUUGGACUAAGUUGUGAGUAUCAUGUGAUUCUGGCCCGGCUUUACAUACUUCAGGAGGAGUUUGCAAAAGCAGAGGAGUCUCUUGCGGAAGCAAGUCGAAUUGACCAUAAAAAUCCAGACCUGUGGGCUUUGCUGGGACAUCUAAGCUAUAUGAAAGAAAACUAUAGCAAGGCUAAGGAAUAUUAUGAACGUGCUUUGUGUUAUGUGAAUGAUGCACUUGACAUGCAUUCCAUCUGCCUGAGACUAGGCUCCAUCUACUUGCAGGAAGAAAAGUUUCAAUCAUAUAAAUCAGCCAAAUCUACCUACCUUUUCACCUCCAAGAGAGCACCAUCCUGUUUGUCCUGGCUAGGGGUUGGCAAAGCCUGUUACCGACUGAAUGAACUGACAAAUGCUGAAGAUGCACUCUGUGAAGCAAAUAUUCUAUGUAACAUGAAUGCAGAGGUCUGGGGCUAUCUCACACUGGUGUGCUUAAAGACAGGGAGAAAGCUAGAAGCGGAGCAAACCUAUAAAUAUGCAUUAAAGUUAAACCUCCAAAAUAGAAAGCUCCUUGAUGAGAUUAAUCAGCUGCAGAAAACACUUGGCUUUGGAAAUCCAUCACUUUGAACCAAUUGCAAUCCAUCCGUUCUUAUCUUAGCUUCAUGCGUCUCUGAACAGCCUUUAAUUUUGUUCUGUUGUCAUUUGUUAUACAUCUCUAGAAGGUGUGUAUUUUUUGGUCAAAAUAAAGUCAGCCUUACAUCCAAAUGUUAAUGUGUACUCCAAGAUUGGA